AUGGUCGGUCCCGUCCUCUCCGGGCCGAUGGACACCUACUUCUGGACCCAUCUGGUUGUGCAGUUCAGCCAUUUCGAGCCUGCCGUGCGCCAUGCCGUUCUGGCAAUCAGCUCGCUUUACGAGGACUUCCAUGGCGGCGCUCGCGUCACGAGACAGAAGCCCGGUAACGACUUCGCGCUGAGGCAUUAUAGUGCGGCGAUCCAGCGAAUCAAGUCCGCAGAAGACGAGCAGCUCGUGCUGUUGGUGUGCAUACUCUUUAUCUGCAUUGAGUAUCUCCAAGGCGACGUCGAGGCGGCGCUGCGGCAUUGUAAGCACGGCAUUAUGAUCCUCAACCGGGUAGGAUGCUCCUCGUGGGCCCGCGAGUACCUAAUGCCAAUAUUCAGGCGUCUCAGCUUCGCUUCGUUCUACCUCGGCGCCAAACCACCGCCGGAUGCGGCAGUGCCGGGGCUCAUCGGCUUCGAAGUCCCUAUACCUCAGAAAUUCGAAAGCGUCGCGGAGGCUCAGAGCGCGAUUGACGAUCUGACGGUGCACAUGAUCGAGUACGUGUCAUCCGGAAACGCCUCCGCCGUCGACCGACAAGAUAUCGAGAGAAAUUUGCAACAGUUCCACACGAAACUGAGCGACUUUGACGCGACUAUACCCUCCUCUGAAUCUUCGACAAAAAUGGCAAUCUGUAACAUGAUGAUGAAGUUCGAAAUGGCACGGAUACAGAUCGAUACGAUUAACGGCACUUCGGAGACGAGAUUCGACAAGCACACGGCGGGAUUUCGCAGGAUCAUAACGCUAGCACGCCACGCGUCCCAAUUAAGGGAGACGUUUCCCGACGAACGCCCAAAAGCCUGCUUCACAUUUGAGAGCGGGUUCCUGUCGACGCUUGGAUUCAUAUCCAUUAAAUGCCGCGACUUGCAGAUUCGGUUGGAGUCAUUAGCUCUGAUGGUUGAUAUCGCAGCGCCCAAGGAGGGGUUUGUCGAUAUCGGUACACUAUACAGAGUCGGCCGGCUUGGAGUUGAGCUCGAGCACGGAGUUUCUCUGGAGGACGGCACGAUAGAGAAGAACCCAACCGCCUUCGCGCAGUUAUCUUUCCCGCCGGAGGAGAAGCGCUUCUUCGCGGCGCCGAUAGACCACGAACUCGACGUGAUUAAGCACGAAGAUGGGUCGAUCAUGUAUCGACGAACCGUGUCGUUUUUACAGCGAGAUGCAGAGGGCAAGGUACACGUGCGGCAGGAGUAUGUUACAGACGCAAUACCAGGCCAAGUACGGCCCGCCGUACCCUGCAUGCGGUGUUCGAAGCCUAUGUAG